UUACAUUAUGGACAUUCAUUUAAUUACGAUUUAAAUCAAGUUGGAACGAAAUUGACGGAAUUUCCAUAUUAUAUGAAUUCAUUACUUGAGAAAUUAAGAAAUUUAUUUCCAUCAAUAGCAAAAUUAGAACAAUUAACAAUACAGAUUUAUCCUAUUGGUACGGGAAUUCCACCUCAUAUUGAUAGUCAUUCUUCUUUUGGUCCAAGUGUCAUCGCAUUUAGUUUAGAAAGUUCUGCCAUAAUGGAAUUUAAAAAUAUAAAGACCAACAAAGUGAUAAAUAUUGACUUGCCAAGAAGAUCUUUAAUGAUCAUUAAAGAUGAUGCAAGGUAUGCUUGGAGUCAUGCCAUAAGAGCUCGGAAGAGUGAUAUAUUAGAAAAUGGACAAAUAAGGGAUCGUGGUCAAAGAAUCUCACUUACAUUGCGUACUGUCAACCCAGAUAGAAUUUACAAUGCAAGAAGCAAGGUUAUAUUUGGAAAUACAUUAAAUGGAAUACUCCAAUCUAAUUAUGGCAAUUAUGAUUUUGAACAUGUUCGCUGUGCAGCAUAUGUGCUGAAUCUUGCCAUUAGUGAUA